AGUGUCAUAUUUCGUUGUAGGUUUCAAAACAACACUUUCAAUAUAACUAUUUUUAGUUUUUUUAUCCUCAUUCCCACGUUUUACAUUUACAAAUCGGUAAAUGGGAUCAUUUUACAAUUAAUUUAUUUGUAUUUUAUGAGUAGUGUACUUAAAAGUGAGCGUAAAAAAUCAUGGGGCGAAAAUUGCAAGCAAAGCAUAUCUCUAAAAAACGAAAUGUUGGAAAGGAGACAAAUAAAUUCCAACUUCAAAAGCGGAAAGAGCUUGCUGUUUUGACGGAUAAAGUGCUUAAACUGACCAGUGUAUUCCGGACUACUGGUAAUACACUAAAAAGUUGGGAUCAUCAUUUAGAAAUCGACACUAUUAUAAAGGAGAUCAUAAACAUCGAAAAUGCUUUGUACCCCAAAGAACCUUCGGUCGAACGCAAAGAAAAAUUGGAUAAAUAUCUUAUCUGGUUGCGUGACAAUGGAGCACUGUUUCAAGGUGUGGAAAUAAGUGAAUUUGAGGGAUAUGAUAUGGGUUUGAAGGCAACUAAAGAUUUUAACGAAGACUCCCUCAUUCUGACUGUGCCGGGGAAAGUUAUGCUGAGUGAAAAAGAUGCUAUAGAGUCCGAACUUAGUUCUUUUAUUAAUGUUGAUCCUGUAUUGAAGAAUAUGCGAAAUAUAACAUUGGCACUGUAUUUGCUGUUAGAGAGGAGCAAGUCAGAGUCAUUUUGGAAGCCAUAUAUAGAUGUUCUACCAGAAAAAUACAAUACUGUUUUAUACUUCACAGCUGAAGAGCUAGCUGAACUCAAGCCCUCACCAGUGUUGGAAUCAUCAUUGAAACUCUACCGAAGUAUCUCAAGGCAGUAUGCAUACUUUUACAAUAAGAUUCAAACAGUUGAUAUGCCGGUGUUGAAGAGUUUACGAGAUGUCUUUACAUUUGACAACUACAGAUGGGCUGCGUCAACAGUGAUGACGCGUCAGAACAACAUACAACUGGCAGACGGCACUAUGACCGCUUUCAUACCGCUAUGGGACAUGUGCAACCAUGAACAAGGCAAGAUAACGACGGAAUACAGUGAGGAGAGGGAUAGAAGCGAAUGCUUUGCUCUACGGAAUUUCAAAGCUGGUGAACAAAUAUUCAUCUACUAUGGUGCAAGACCUAAUUGCGAUUUGUUCCUGCAUAAUGGUUUCGUGUACCCGGAUAACCCGAACGACUCGCUGUCGUUGGCGCUGGGCAUCAGUUCCGGCGACGCGGCGCGCAGCACGCGGCUGGCUCUGCUCAGCAAGCUCGGCCUGUCGCACCUCACCUACUUCCAGCUGUACCGCGGAGAGGCGCCGGUCAGCGCUGAACUACUCGCUUUUAUACGGAUAUUUAAUAUGAACCAGGAGGAACUAUCAAAGUGGUCCAAUGCCGGUGUCCCCGGCGAGCUGGUGUCGUGGGACGAGGGCAGUAGUGCGGCUGUGGGCGGGGAGCUGGAGCGCCGCGCGCACGGCUACCUGCUGACGAGGUGCAAACUCAUACGAGCCGCCUACAAGGACACAGAAACACCUCCUGAUAAUGCACACAGGAUAAACAUAAAAUUGCUGAAGCAAUGCGAAGUACAAAUAUUGGACGGUGCCAUCAAGUACCUGGAGAAGUUUCUAGAACAACUGCCCGCCACCCACAAAUAAAUCAUAUCACGUACCUUUUGAUUAUGAACAAAUUAUAUACAGUAUUUAUUUUAUACAAAUUUAUACAAAAAUGUCUUUGAUUUUAAUUUUUAAUAAUUUAUUGUGAAAUCGAUUCAACGAAUUAUGUAAUAUUUUUACUUUGUUAUAAGUAUUGUUUGUCUGUGUUCAUUUACCCCAUUUUUGUGUGUAAGUUAAUAAAUGUUGUUUUUUUUUAUUU